UGCUCCAAGUUUUUACUUUUUCUUUUGUUUUUUAGUUGCCGCUCUGCAGAUUCAUUUCAUUCCGCCUAAAAGACAUUAGUGAGAGUCCAGCUUCUGCAAUGGAGUUAAAAAUAAUACUGGCCAUAGCCGGUGGUGUCCUCCUUCUGGCCGUUGUAGUCAUAGUUCCACCAGCAACUCUGCUUUCUCCUCGAACGUCCCAGUUCAGGAAAACAUUCAGACGGAGAUGUGAGGCUUUCCCACAAACCAGCCAAAGAUGUGAAGAGGUAUUAAGUACGUUUGAGAAAACCUAUGUCGGAAAAGACCCGUGUAACUUUCCGGAGGAAGCUUACCGUCCGCUCUUUGAGGAUUACCCAUUCACACAUUCAUGUGACAAGACAAUGUUCUGGAGCGACACAAAAGAUCUGGUGGAUCAGUUCUGUAAGGAAAGGAAUCAUUUCGUCCCCCUGCAGAACACGCUGUUAGGGAACAUCUUGGACGACCAGAAGUGGUGCGGAAAGAAGAGCAGCAAAGAUACUUUCAUCUGCUUGUGUAAAACGUGUAAGAUCAACCCCGUGUCUUCAUUCUGGGUCAGAGCCUCUGCAGAGUUUGCAAAAUAUGCUUGUGGUCAUGCCAAUGUUCUGCUAGAUGGAGCGAUAAGCAAACCAUUUGAUCCCACCAGAAACUUUGCUGUUGAAGUUAAGAACCUCGCCUUUCCCAGAGUGAAGAGCCUGACUGUUAUUCUUGUUAUCAAGAAUAAUAAUGCAGCUUGUAGCCAUGAGUCUCUGCAGGUUUUACGAAACCUUCUGGAUCCAAACAUUGAUUACGACUGCCGUACAGUGACUCGAUCCAAGAUACUGGAGUGUAUAGAAACAGGAACAACCACUGAUGCCUGUUGGACUUAAAGCUAUAAGCUGUAAAGAAAUAUCUUAAAUACAUGUAACUUUUUUUUAACCAUUCGUAAUUAGUAUUUUAUUGGUUGUGUUUUUUGUUGCAAAAUAGCUAGUAAAAAUGCAUUUUGACAUUUAUUCAAAUUAAACCAGAAUAUUCAAUGUACCUAAUUGGGAUUUUAGGGUAUAAACAAAGUUGUUCCUCAUUAUGAGGUAGAGAGAAAAUGAUGCAUUUUUGAGGCCAUUACUUUGAAAUCACUUCUCUUGUCACAUAAGUACCACAAAAUAUCAGAAUACAACUUUAGGUCCAUCACCCAGCCCUAAAAUACAGUUAAUGGAGGUUCUACAAAAACAAAAAAAUAAAAAACUAGGUUUUAUACCUAUAUGUAUCUUUUGCUCAGUUAUGUGGUGGUAACAGAAAAUGGUUUAUUCAUAGUUUUUUCAAGGGACUAAAAUGUAAUCAAAUGAAAAUAUCUCCAUAAUUAAAAACAUUUCAUUCUACUCUUAAUUAUGGAGUAGAAAUUUAGUCAGUUUCUUGCCGUUAUUACCAAGUCUUCUAAGUUGCACUGAUGUAAAUAAAUAAGCCAGACCUGAUAACUUACCUACUGUAGCAAGACAUGAAUAAACCUGUUACAUGCCUGCCAUGCUGUUUGUUCCUCUUUCCCCUCCCCUUUGUCUCUUCGCAGGUACUAGGGAAAGCUGGUGUCAAUCUCCCCUGAUUGAUCCUCAUCAACCAUGGGCCAAUCAGCAUCCAGGGAGGCCUUAUUUAAGCAGCCCAUCUGGUGGGGAGAGCUCUCUCCAGCUGGCUCUGUGACCUAAUGCAUGUCUUGUUGCUCUUUGUGUGAACGGUUGUGGUGAGAGUUAGAGGGCGAGGUAAGUUUGGGGUACCCUGUACAUUUCAUCACGUAAGUGUUUUUUUCUGUUAGAUACACUAGGUAAGCAGGUGGGUGUCACCCAUGUAAAGUUUUGGUGGAAACUUUUGUUAGAUUAGAUAGGCAGGGUUUUUGUUUUCUUUGGUUUCUUUAGCACAGAUGGUAGUUAGGCCCUGUUUUGUUUUAUUAUUUUCUUUGAUUUGGCACCACCUAACCGUCCCUUUCUCCCCCACAGUUUGUAUGAGCCUUCUGGGAUUUUUGUUGUCAAUAAAUCCCUCCUUUUUAAAACGUU